AAAUAUUUUUAGUACGUAAUCAGUUUUUAAAUUUCCCCUAAUAAUACUGAUUUAUUUUUGUACAUAAUUGGGACACUUAACUGUCUCAAUCUGAUACUGAUUUACGUGGUAGAUUAGAAAAAUAUACCUACACUUAAUUUGAAUAGAGAUUGGAAUGUCAUUGAUGAUCUACUAAUUGUUAUAUUCAUUUAAAUAACCUUUAGAUGUAGCACCAGAAAUGUUAUUUUGGAAAAAUUGUGGCUAACAUAGUCAAUCAAAUAAUUAUAUUUAUAUUGUUAGUAGAUAAUCAAUUUUUAAUUUGCACUUUCUAAAAGGUGCUGAAUUAAAUUCUAAUUUCGCUCAUAAGUGUAUGUCGCAAGUUGAGACUGAUUUGCGUGAUAGAUUACAAAAAUAUACCUACGAUUAAUUUAAAUAUAGACUUAGAUUGUCAUUGAUGAUCUAUUAUAUGUAUGUUAUCUAUAUUUAAAUGACCUUUGGGUAUAAUAGCAGAAACAUUAUUUUAUUAAAAAAAUUUGUAAACUACCAAUCCUACAAAUACCACAUUAGUACUUAUCUGGUAUCAGAAUAGAAAAUACGUAAAAAUCAAUAAUCUGUGUAGAUGAUGGUGAAUGAUAACCAAAAUUUGAUUGUUUUUGUGUGUGAAUAUUUCAAGAACCCUGGAGAUGCAAAAGAACAAUGAAUUAUAAACUGUGAUAUUCAAUUAACCAAUUGUAUAACAAUAAGAAAAUGCAUGUCCAUAAUUUUAUAGCCAAUUAAUUCAAUAGCCUGAAGGAAAUGUGUGGUUACAUAUAAAGUAUUGUGUUUGUAAGCUUUAUGCAUUUAACAAUUUGGUUUCGAGUUUAAAACAAAUACGUACACAGUCAUUUAGACUAUUCAUUUCAAAUUAAUUAAAUAAUUUGAUAUGAUAUCACGAAUAUUUUUUAUCUAGCACUUAUUAGUAUUUGUAAAUAUAAAAACGGUGAUACCUAUUGUAUUGCACAUCAUCCGGGUAUAAUGAAGUUAAUAGCAGCUAUUUUUGUAUCUCUUGCCGUGUUUUCUGCUGCUCAAGGUGAGCAAUUGAAAAUAAGGCUAUUUUACGAAUCACUAUGUCCGUAUAGUAUUAAUUUUACUAUUCAUCAAUUGUACCCUAAUUACUUGUUGCUUGGAGACGACUACUUGGAUUUGGACUUUGUUCCCUUCGGAAAUGCUAAGAUUUACAAUGUGUCUGGUGGAUAUCUAUUUGAAUGUCAACAUGGAGCAAAAGAGUGCAAAGGGAACAAGGUACAAGGAUGUGCUUUGGAUUUAUACAACAUAUCAACAGCUGCGGCAUUCAUUAACUGCGAUUUAGGAUCUGGUGCACCCGCAGACGAUGAUAAUUUACUAAAGUGUGCCAAUGAAGCUAACAUCGAAUGGUCCGAAAUUCAAGAGUGCUUAGAUAGUGGCCGCGCUGAUGAACUUUUAGCAGAAAAUGGAGCCAAAACCCAAAGUGUUGUACCGAAAAUUACGACCGUUCCUGCAAUUGAAAUUAACGGAAUAUACGACAACGACGAAAUUGAAUAUGCAUUUUUGGAAGUAGCUUGCAGACUUUUGAAAAAUGAGCCACCAGCAUGUGAAACUAGAAAAAAUAAAUUAUAGACUUGACUGUUGACAUGCAAUUAUUAAAAUAUAUUCAGUUCAUAUCACAUA